AGGCUGUCUCGCGAAAAGGUCACGUAAAUUUGGCGCUUUUCGUUCACCAGCAGUCUGGCGCGUUUUUGAAGCGACAGAAAAAUGUCAAGAAAACUGCUUCAGUUUACUGCAGCUCCUGAAAUAUUAAAGUGAAGACCUUCGUGCUUCCUUCAGGUACCCGAGUCGGAAUUGGAAAAUGGUCGGACAACCGUCAGGAGCUGCGCAUAGACCGGCUACAGUGAGACUUAGCUUGUUGUUUUACAGUGAAACCUACUGACAACAAACACUCGUCUGCUUCGAACUAUGAAUGAUACGGUUGUUCUUUAUUUACACACAAAGUAGCAAAUAAGAAAACAGUACCUGACGUUGCAGCAAGCUACGGGUGUAAAAUAUUGGUCUCCUGAAAUUAUGGCUGGUGUUGUGGCUAUGGCUUCUGUCAUCGAGGACUUUGACACUCAGCCUUGCAAGAAAUCUCGCAAAGAUGUCAAGCAGAUCACAAACUAUUUCUCGCCUGUUCCCAAACCUGUGGAGAAACCCUUCUCUCCUCCUCGCUCCAAUAACAUCAGGGACUACUUUAGUCGAAAGACUCCUUCUUCUAAAGAAAAGUCAAGUCCACCACAAGACCUCAAAGAAAACAGUCAAAAACCUCAACCUGAAGAGAAACACACCAACAAAGAAGUGGGGAAAAAGUCGUCUGAGAAACGGGGCAGAAAGACCAGCAGAGCUGUGAAGAAACUUGUGCCGACUGAAGAUGUUGGUGCCACCGAUGACUGCCUGAUUGUUGAAGAAACACAGGAAAGCAAAGACUCUACAUCAGAUGCAGCUAUCAGCCAUGGGACCCUUGGAAGCGACACGGCAGCUUUGUUGUUAAAGCUCAAUGCAGAGACAUGUGAAUCAGAAAUCUGCAAAACCGCCAGUGAUGAGAAGACUAAAAGAGAUUCCCCUCAACAGAGAGAUCGCAAAUUUGAAAAUACUGAUGAUAUAGAGCCAAAGCAGAACACUACAGCAUUAUCUCCAAGAUUUGAAGUAAAACAAGUUAAAAAGGCAGCAAGAAAAUCUACGAAGAGGCAGCAAAAAGAGUCAAAGCAUCCAGAGCCAGAGGAGAAGGAAGCAGAUAGAUCACUUUGUGAUGUUAGUAUGAACGUCAGGUUGGGUGAAACCUCUGAGCUGAACAGCAGUACUGUUACCAUCUCCUUUGAGGAUUUUGUGCGGAGUCAGAGUCAAAGCAUAAUAGAAGACCCAGGCGAAGAACGUGAUGGUAAAAACAAAGAAAAAGCAGAGGAAUUAAAUUGCAAGCAACUGGAUGUCCCCAAGGCUGAGGAAAGUGUCGACCCGGUCCAAGUCUCACCCCGAACUCUCACCAUUCAGGCCGAGGUGCAUGCUGUUUCACCCAAACAGGAAACCGUAAAAGCUGUGGGAAAGUUUGCAUCAAUCUUCACCAGGAGAAAAGGAGCUGGUAGUCCAGCAGAACCUGCUGCUUCUCCUCCAGCAGACGAGGGACGCCAACUUCCUUCUCCUUCAACCAGCAAACGAAGGUCCAACGUUGUUCUUCAAGAGGAGGAUCUGGAGCUGGCUGUGAUUGAGAGCGAGUCAACUCCAAAGUGCAGUGAAGUCGAAAGGAAGCAGUUCAUGGCUGCUUUUAAGCAGCCCAGUCUGGAUGGGUCCAAGACUAAACCGGUUAAAAACCAAAACAAACAGAAGCAACCUGAGGAGAAGGCCAUGGAGGCUGCUGAGGAUGGAGAUGUUUCAGUUCUUCCUGCAGAGCCAAGCCAUAAGGAGAGCAAAACAUUCAAAAAGAAAAGUGGGAAAAAGGGAAGAAAUAAAGCUAACAAUAAGCAGGAGGAGAUCCACACAUCACCUGCUGUAAAAGAAACCGAGGUCAUAACAGUAGAAGCAGAAGAUGACAAAGAAGAACCUCCCAUCACCUCAACUCCUACGGUUCCAGCUCUGAGGAGGUCCAGACGAGAAAUUGUGGUUAGAAAAUCACCUGAAAAAACUCCAACAAGUCCUGUGAGGAAAACCAGGAGACAGAGCAAGUCCAAGAAGACUUUAAAUACUGCUUCACCUGAGCUCAGCCCUAUGAAGAUGUCCACACCGAAGACACGUAGGUCCAGACAUGGUGUCUUUGUAGCACAGAUGGUGUGUCCGCCAGAUGCAAAUGAAAGUCCAAUCAGAAUUAGACUAAGUAGAAUUCAAAAAACGGUUCCAGCGUCUAAGACUGAAAGUAGAAACGACUUAACCACUUCUUCAAAUAAAAUACUAAAUGAGUCCAAGAAAAGACAGAAAGCAAAGAAAUUGGUGGAGAAAGCUAAAAUGAUUCAGCAAAGCAAGAAAACUACAGAGAAGGAAAUGUUGAGGCGAUCAUCUCGAAAUAAAACCUCCGUCAAGAAGAGCUACCGUGAAGAUGAGGAUUCUGUUAUCUGCAUCGAAGAUUUGACCGAUACUUCCCAGAAUGCACCAGAAAAGACUAAAACCCAGAAGGCCUUGCGUAGCCUGAAUGAAGUUCUUGGCAAAGCUGCACCAUCUGGCAAAGCUACCAUAGGCUCUAAAGUCUCCUCGUUUGGCCAAGACAAGUCGGCCCGGAAGGCGUCGGCAGUGAUUUCCAUCUUUGAUGACAGCAGUCGUGAAGGAUCUGACAACUCUCAGGAUGACGAGCAGUUCAGGGCGCGCAGGGAGUUCUUAAAGAGCGGCCUGCCUGAGUCUUUUAGGAAACAGAUGGCAAAGACUGCUGCCACCAAGGAGGCCUACUCUGCCUCCUCUUCAUCCUUUCAGCCGGUCUCACACACAACACAAUCACCUAUCGAUUGUUCUCUGUGGAGUCUGCCGUGGCCUGAAUCCUCAUUAUUGGGUCAUUUAAAGGACCUUUGGAGCCACAAACCAAACCCACCUCUAUCUAUUAGUGGAUCUCUGUGUGUAAAGACAGAACCAGCCUGUAGAAAUGCUUAUGAAAAGACGUCAGUCUGGAGACCUGAAAUCUCUGAAAGUGAUCGUCAGCUUCUGAUGACGGAGUUCUGCUCCAAAAACCCUCACUUUCCGGCGCAGACGGUUUUCACUCGCCUCCAAAAACGACGAGCCGACCCUCAGCAGCAGUUAGCAGCUUCAGAGCCAGAAACUGUUACCAUCGAAGACUCCUGUGUUCUGCUGUGUGAUGAAACCGUUGGAGGAAAGAGGAAGAGGAAAGAAGAUGAGAGGGAGAAUAAUGUGAAGGUGGCUAAGAAGCAGAAGUCCAACCGUUCAGAGGAGAACGUCUCCCCAGCUGAGCAGAAGCCUCCUAGAAGGGGAGGCCGAAACAGACGAGGUCAGAGAUCCAGAAUGAAGGAGGAAGAGGACGAGAUGAAGGAGAAAACUAAUCCUAAACUGAACUCAGCUCCCAUCCCCUCUGAAGAGGAUCCUGUUGCUGUAGUGGACGACUUAACUUUGGAAGCAGACUCUAAAAGAAAAGAAUCAGUGAAGGAGGAAUUGCUGUGGACUGAUAAAUACCAGCCACAACUUUCUGCUGACAUCAUAGACAACACCCCAGCAGUGAAGAGGCUUUACAGUUGGCUUAAAGAUUGGAAACUUCGUGCCGACAGAGAUGAGAGAAAAAAUCAAAAGGAUAAGAAACCAGAAGAGGGCAGCUAUGAUUCAGAAUGGGACUGUGGAGGUGAGGACUACCAGGAUGCAGAGGACACGCUAUGUAACACGGUGCUCAUCACUGGACCCACUGGAGUUGGAAAAACUGCUGCGGUUUACGCUUGCGCCCAAGAGCUGGGCUUCAAGGUGUUUGAAGUGAGCGCUUCAUCUCAGCGAAGCGGCCGUCUUAUUCUGUCCCAGCUGAAGGAGGCGACUCAGUCCCACCAGGUGGACAAUCAGGGGGUCAAUGCCCACAAACCCGCCUACUUUAACAGCUACGGACUGAGCAGCAGCACCAGCUCUCUCAGGCCUGGAUCUUCUCCAAGAAAGGUGAGCUCUCCUCGCAAGGUGGUUUCAUCUCCGAGGAAAAAUUCUCAGUCACCAAGAGGAGCUAAAAAAGGAGGCCUGGCUCCAACUUCUUUAGCCAAGUUCUUUAAAAUGGCACAACCAGCCAACAAAGAGCCACAAAAACCUGAACACACUGCGCCUUCCAAGAAAGUCAUAAAAGCCAAUGAGAGUAGUGAUAAAAACAAAUCUCCGGCCACCAGCAGCCCUAAACAGAAGAGCAGCGAGGAACAGAGCAAGAAGACAGCCACAUCGCUCAUCCUGUUUGAAGAAGUUGAUGUUAUUUUUGAUGAUGACUCAGGAUUUCUUGCUGCUAUCAAGACGUUCAUGAGCACUACCAAGAGGCCAGUCAUCCUCACCACCAGCGAUCCAGCUUUCAGCGCGAUGUUUGAUGGAAGCUUUGAAGAGAUUAAUUUUAAAACGCCUUCAGCGGUGAAUGUGGGCAGCUACCUGCAGCUCCUUUGUUUAGCUGAGGACACGAGGACUCAUCCGUCAGACAUCAGCUCUCUGCUGAAACUCAAUGGCUGUGACGUCAGGCAGAGCUUAUUGCAGCUUCAGUUCUGGGCCCGGAGCGCAGGAGGGCGUCCGUCAACGAGGCCGCUGGCUCAAACUGGCCGAAAUGAAAUUGAACUGAAACCAGAAGCAGUUGAUAAAUCUGUGACUGUCACAUCCAGCCUCCCUCCCUGUGACACCGGCUGCACUGAGAGCAAGCUGGGCCUGCUGAAUAUUGAGCCUGACGGAGACAUCUGGGAGCUGCUCGGGAGCCAGAGUUUGGUGAAGGCGGCAGUUUGCUUGGAGCUUCUUGCAGACAGCCGGCGGCGAGGAGUUAAUCUGCUUUAUUCCAACAUGGAGAAACUCUUACCUCUACCUCUGACACAGCUAUCUACCUCUAAGCUCUAUAAACCUAAGCACUGUCUUCCUGAAUCACAAGACCUUCGAUCUGUGAGUCCAAAACAGCAGCUAUCAUCUUCGUCCCUGCAGUCGGACACGCUGCCUCCCGGUGUCGGCUUAUUGCACGGUGCAGAGUCAGCUGAUUUGUCAGACAGCUGCAGCCCAGUUAAAGUGUCCAGCAGAAUGAAGAAGAAUAAAAAACGACACCACCUUCCCACCAGGGACGGGUUGAACUCUGAUUCAGACUCAGAAGAUGGAUUUCUGUCUCUCUCCAAAAGGCAGAAUGAUCCUCACACAGAAAAAGUCAAAGAGAGAGUUGUUUCUGAAAGGGUGAAACGGAAGCCGCUGACUGCAGAGGAGCAAAUAAAAACUGUUCCAGUCUCUCAGUGUCUUCAAUCCAUAGCCGACUUCUGGGAUAACAUGUCCUUUGUGGAUUCAUCCCUUUGUUUUCACCCGGAUGGGCUGAACAGUUAUAGAAGAUCAUCGUUUAGUGCCGUCAUUAAAGAUGGGAUGACUGAUGAGUUGAGAGUUGAAAACGGGAGAGAAAGCUGGACCACAGGAAGUUGUGUUGUAGAGAUCCAGGCUGCUGUGGAGGCUCUGAGCUUCCACAAGUGUCAGGCUUCAGUAGCUGAGGCCUGGGAUAAAGUGCAGCAGCUAGAGGGAGAUCUGAGGAAAGAGGCUGCAGAGGAGCUCACUCUUCCUGUGGCUUCACAUCGAGAAGAUUACAGCUUCACCCAGGAUGGACUCAGCUGUCCACAGUUAGUCCUGCAGAGAACGGAAGUGAUGGAAAAUCUGUUCGAUAAAAUCUUUGGCACUCUUGGCAACAGACAAGCAGCUGCUUUGGAUUAUUUGCCCACCAUGCGCACCAUCUGCAGGUCAGAGCAGCUGAAGGAGCAAGGGAAAGUUAAGAGAAGGUUUCUUCACUAUCUUGAUGCAAUCCACUUGGGUCUUGAGAAAAGCACUCAACAGUUUCUUGCUGAAGACUUCCCCUAAUUCAGUCAGAUUGUUUCAUGUGCCACAAAUAAAUAGAUUUCAGAACCUCAGUUCUCAGAAGGUAAAAAUAACAUAAAUUGUGGUGUCUGGGGCUGUAGAUGGCUGCAGCAACAUGUUGGUGUUGGCUUCAUUUCAGACUGGUGGCUCUUGUGUGCACAAAUGAUUGUUUGCACUUGUAUUACCAACAUUUACAUUUUUUAAUAAAUAAAAUCCCUGAAAUUUAGAGCACACAACUAAAUAACCUCGUAUUUUACAUCUUUUGGUGCUUUGAAAGCUUUAUAUGAAAUUCAGCUGGAAUCUGGGGGUUUUGUACAGUCGUUUUUUUUAUUAGCGCUUUGGAUUUUGAAAACUUUUAACAAGUACUCAGUUAAACAUGUUGAGCUUUUUUAUGAUUGUAAGAAAUAAAACUGUAAAACACAAUCUGCUUCUAUAUUUGUAAAGGCUGUGUAUAAAUUAUCACUUAUACUCUUGUUUCCUCCAGUUUAUUAUAGAUAAGCAGCUUCAAACAGGAAGCUCUGAAUGUCACAUUCAUCAUUGAUUUUCUUAGUGAUUUUUUUUCUGCCUUAAAUAUGUAUAAAGUUUCCAGUUGGUUUUUAUUGUAAACAAAUAAAGGCUUAACCCAACUAAGC